ACUUGAAGUCAUGCUGGACAUUUAACUAGACAGCUUGAACCUGCUCGUUCUUAAUAAUCGAGUUGCAUUUAAAUAUUGUAAGACGCACUCAAGUGUUUUUCAGUAGAGAUAGCAGAGUUGUAGAGUGUUUGAUUGACAAAAUUUUCAGUCGCAAAAUGGAUCCAGUUGACAACAAUAUUGAAGAUGGAGAUCCUCCAGGUCGUGAGUUGGCACCACAAUCGACCAUUUCUCCACAAGAGGAAGCGGGUGCCAUUAGACCGGUUGAAGUACCGCCAGAAGUAGUACCAGCAGUAGUGCUGGAAGAUCCUGCAGCACUAACGACUUGAGCAGAUCAAUCUCCGGCAAGCGACCAACUCAAAGGGUAAAACCGAACAUUGCUUCCGCCACAAACCAACAUCCAGCAGAGACAGAACCGCCGAAGCAGCCGCGGCCGAAAAAGUCCAAGGAGCUGUUCAGCGCAUGUGGGACGCAGUGGAUCCGACGCGAAUAUCCGACGGCGACGACGCGUAGAAAGAUCGAUCACCUGGGCCUGUCGGCUCGCUUCCGGUACGUCAGCAUGGACGUCAAGCUGCACGACGAAGGAUGCAUCAUGGCGAUGGACGGAAACUUUGUGGCGCAGGUUCGGGUUGAUGAUCCGGAGCUGCUGGAUGGCAUUGGGAGCUUUGAAGAUGCCAAGGAGGUGCUUUUGGAGCAAAUGAGGAUCGUCAAAGUUAUGAGGGAUGACCUGCGGGAGAAGCGGGAUGGGAUGCGGGCAAAGCUGAUUCCUGUGAUAGGGGAAGCUUUGAAGGAAUCAGCCUUCGAGUGGGAGCACGCAAGAAACUGUGUGAAGCUGAUGAAGCUGAGGAAAGAUUUGAUGGCAAGUGAUCGCUUGUGCUAUCGCAGGCUGUGUAGAGAAAUAAGUACUGAUCGCGCCUUUCCGGAAGAUUUGCGAAAAUACACUAGGAGACUGUUGAAAAUUGAGGAGACUUUUUUAAAGCGAUCAAUUUGGCUGGAUCGAUUUGGGAUAGAAUCAACACAGUCGUCGUCUGAAAAUCUUAGUGAAGAUUUGAAUAAGGUUUUGAGGAACGGAUUUAUUAAUCAUAGAAAAGAAUUGAUCCUACUAGCUCCUGAAUACUUGAAAACAAUUUUAGAAGAGGCAAAUCAAAAUCAAAUUAUUUUGAUCAAUUAUGGUGACAUUUUAAGGUUUCAGGAUUUGUUCUGCAAUCUAGACCAAACAAUUUUCAAGAAUCCUAUCGAACAUUUCACACAGAAUUGGAUAGAUUCAAUCCACGAAAGUCAUUCGAUCGAGCGUCCUAAUCUAACAAAUUCAAUAUUUUUCCUUCUAUGCCAAAGUCUUGGAGAGUUGAUUGGUGAAAUAAGUGCCAGAAGUGAAAACACUUGCAAUGAGUUGCUAUUCUGUGACUCUUUUGGUUGGAAAUCAGCUGAUUCAAUCAAAUGGAAAUAUCAAAAUAGUCUAACAACUUGCCUAGAGCGCGAGUACCGCUAUAUCUUUAAACUACUGGAUCAUUAUAAUUUCGCCAAUCGAAACACAAACCCGUUUCGUUACUAUCCAUUGGUGCUCAACAGGUUCAGUAAAUCUGCCCACAUAAAUGAAACAAAAAAGCUGAUAAGGUAUCAUUCCACACACAAGAAUCCCUUUGACUUUCCCGACGAAAUUUACAUUUGGUACAGCAUGGUGGACGUCGUGUUGUCCGAAAUGUCUGUGGCGCAAACCCGACCCUGGGGUAAGUUUGACCGAUUUGGCCCAAUUUUCCGAUAUUACAAGGAAACGGUUCAAACCACAACUAUUUAUGAAGUGAAUGAAAUACGCAAGAUCACUCAUGCUUUUGUUCGUUACAUCGUUCUAAACGAUCAAGUUAGUAACCAACCACUGAGCAAUUUGCAAAACGAACUGACAAAAGAGUUGUUCAACAUUAACACUGACUUGGAAAGAUGGUUAACAAGCAGAAAUACAAUGUUUUGCUUCUGGGUUGAAGGUCUGGCAAUGCUUCAGAAAAUUAGCCACUUGCCAGGAUUUAUGUCAUUAUUUGAACAAUUUCUUGAAUUAGACUCUAUCGUAUGUAACAUGCCGUUGACCAAAUGUGAAUUAGUUGAUUUAUAUAGUGAAAUCAAUAUCUUUGUCAAGGGAAUAGUUGAUUUGCAGUUGGAAUGGUGCAAAAAUGAGCCAAACAGUGAAAAUAUCUACUGCGAAAUAGUGAACAAUUCAUGUAAAUCCAUCCAUCAAAAUAUAUUUUUGCCUCAAAAAGAAUACUGGAAAAUUAUAUUAAAGCACUAUGAGUUAAAGUCAAUCAAAAAAACUUCAAGCAUAGUACAACAACUGCUUCUACUAGAUCGGUGGCCAUCGUCUGGGGAAGCCCUGACAAAUUUAGACCAACUUGCGUCAGCAACACUCCUUCUGAAGAUUGUUAACAGGACAAUAAAAAAGCUUCCAAAAACUGAAGACAUCACAACGUUUGAUGUUUUCUACAUGAAACUUAUAGAACCGCUUUCCAGGGCGGUCGGAAAUGCCACUUCAGUCCACAGCUUUCUGGUUCGAAUCGAAGAAAUCGAAAACAAUUUCCCAAAGACUCCAAGCAAACAAGAGCCUUUACCAUUGAGCGCAGGAGAAUCUGUUGGAAUAAUUUUCUGGGCAAUGUUAAAAAUGUUUUUGAGUCUUUUAAAAAUUUUUGAACGAUGUUUUAUGCAUUUUGUUUUAAUGGGAGUCGAUGGGAUUUUGUUUCUGUUAACAAUUUUGAUGCUCUUUGUGCUAGGAGCUCUCGUUCAGUAUGAUUCAAAAACUUAUGUUUGUAACAGCAAUGAUAAUCGUUAUUGGAAACUGAUUUUAACAUUUUUCGGGUAUUGUUCAAUGGAAACUGAGAAGGAAACGAAUCCGGAAACAAAAUGGUUCAAUGGAAGAUUCUGGGUUUGACCUAUAGAAGUACUAUGAUCGGAUUAUCUUAUACGUUAUACAUAAUAAAACGUAUUUUCAAA